AUGACGUCUGAGCCGCCGGCCAAGAAGAAGUGCCUGGGAGUAGACUGCGACAACGAGGCUGGGUCGUUGCAGUGCCCGACAUGCUUGAAGCUCGGCAUCAAGGACAGCUAUUUCUGCUCCCAAGACUGCUUCAAGAAGAACUGGAGCAACCACAAGAGCGCCCACAAGAAGCAAAAUCCAGCUACCGGCUUCUAUAAUCCGUUUCCGAGCUUCCCCUUCUCCGGCCCACUGCGCCCCGUCUAUCCUCUGUCGGAGCAUCGAACCCUGCCCAAGUCGAUUCCCCAUCCCGUCUGGUGGCAGGAUGGAAACCCAAAGUACAGCCGCUCUCUGGUCAACCGGAACAAGAUCGAUAUUCUUGACGCCAAGGGCCAGGACGCCAUGCGCAAGAGCUGCCGGCUGGCCCGCGAGGUGCUCGAUAUUGCCGCCGCCGCCGCAAAACCCGGUGUCACGACCGACUACAUCGACGACGUCGUCCACAAGGCGUGCAUAGAGAGAAAUUCCUAUCCGUCGCCUCUCAACUACAAUCACUUCCCCAAGUCUUGCUGCACCUCAGUCAACGAGGUCAUCUGCCACGGGAUUCCUGACCAGCGCGUCCUACUUGACGGCGACAUACUCAACAUUGACAUUUCUCUCUACCACGAGGGCUAUCACGCCGACCUUAACGAAACGUACUACAUUGGCGACAAGGCCUUGGCCGACCCGGAGAACGUGCGCGUUGUAGAGGCAGCACGGGAGUGCCUCGCAGAGGCCAUCGAAGCCGUCAAACCGGGCAUACUGAUCCGCGAAUUUGGCAACAUUAUUGAGAAGCACGCCAAAAAGAAGAAUUGCAGCGUCAUCCGAACAUAUUGCGGGCAUGGAAUCAACUCACUCUUCCACUGCGCCCCGAACGUGCCGCACUACUCCAAGAACAAGGCUGUCGGCGAGUGCAAGCCCGGCAUGACGUUUACCAUCGAGCCCAUGAUUGCUUUGGGCAAGUACCGAGACAUUACUUGGCCGGACAACUGGACUAGUACCACGAUAGACGGGAAGCGAACGGCCCAAUUUGAGCAUACCCUUCUCGUCACGGAAGAUGGAGUGGAGAUUCUGACGGCGAGGAAGGAGGACUCACCUGGUGGUCCUGCAACAAUGCCGGUUGGCGAGACGGCCGCGACGUCUGGAGUAGGACAGUGA